AAGCAGAUAAGUAAUUUGCCAAGGAAGAAAGGUCAAUAUGUUUCUCAAAAAGAACAUCAAAUUGUUAUAGAGACUAUCAUCAACACUAUAAUCAAUAAGGAAUAUCAAGUUGUUAUAAAAAAAGCCGUUAUCGCUAAGAAAGCUGUUAUUACAGAAGGAGCUAUUGUUGCUAACAAUAAAAAUAAAAUUAUCAUGGGACUAACUACUGUGACCAAUAAUGAACAUCGAAUUACCAUGGAAAUAGUUGCAGCCACAAAAAUAGUUGCGGGCAUCAGUGAUAAAAACCAAACUAUCACAGAAACAACCAUUAAUAUUACUAACCCAUAUGACGAAGAAGACCUUUAUAUUAUGGAGGCAGCUACUAAUAUCCAAAAAGUUUCUGAAAAAUGGAUAAAUGAAGACUUGAGAGAAUUUGAAGACAUAAGAAAAAGGUUUCUCAUCUGGAAUGAUAAUGCUGAAAGUAAUCUUAGAACUACGUAUACUGGAAACUCGAGAACAACAUUGUGA